CAGCAGACGUCACAGACGCCUUCACGACACGCACAUAACGGGACAAAGUGCGGCUGUGAUCCGGCUCUCGUCUGCUUUCUGACAACCCUGCCGCAGCUUCAUUUUUCCAGAGGAUAGCGGAAGUAAAACAAAGAACUUAGAAAGAUUUUCUCUGAAUUAAACAGAGGAGCACAAACGCGAGCAUUCUUCGGGUUUCCCGACAUCGUUUCCCUCUCGCAGGAAACUCGCCCUUUACGUCGCAGAGUUGGAUUUUUUUGUGGAUCUGUUUUAUUCAGGCGUCGAUUAAGAUCACAUAUCUGGCAACCCAGCUAUCUGCGGACUAUUAAGUGGAAAGUGUAAACAAACAAUUCAUAUUUCUGAAGGAAAGUGAACGGCGUUCGGUGCGCGCCGCCCACCGGAGAAUGACACGCGCGGCGUUUGGCGUUUAACUGACCCCGACUAUAACUAUAUUUCAGUGGAUUUUACCGGUUUUAAACAGUCAUGAUGUUCGCAGGAAUGAUCAGGGUGGAAAACAACUCAAAAACACACAAAACUGACACCGACUCCGGGUGUCACCGGUGCGCUUCUGUGAGGACAGGUGGUGUGAGUCCGACGGCGGCAGCGGGAAGCCAUUGCAGGAGGAGCUUCAGACGGCCGGGAUACAUGCGCUCAGAUAACCAGUCAUGUGACUCUGAACAAGAACAUUCACAAACCGUUUCUGGCUCGUCCACUAAUGAGAACAUUCAAAAGAGCGCUUUGAAAUUGCCCAGCAGCCCCAGUGAGCGAUGGCUUAAGGAGGUUUUCGAGAGAGACGACGGCCAGGAUUCUUCCGAAACUCACAGUUUGCGUGACGCUGAGGAAAAUUCCCCAAUGCCAUCGUGCAGCGUAUUCAAUUCCAGCUUCAGUUUCAUUCAGCAGUCGCUAGAAACUAGUGAUCUAUUAGAUGUGAGCACAAAGAAAUCUGUGAGCAAACAAUCUGAAUGGGACCGACUGAAGUCUGAAACGUCACACUCUGGUGCUUUAGAACCUCACACUGCUUUAGUAAAUCACUUGAGCCAAUCAGAGAUCGGCACUGUUCCGAUUAGCCAAUCAGAACACGAGGUUUUCUCAUUAAGCAAUUCACCUUGCUCCAUUGGCCAACAAAAAAGUAUUUUAUUGGACCGAGAGCUGUGGCUAGCAGACCUGGAUGUACAGAUUUCAUCCUUCAUGACGUCUUAUGUGAAAGAAAGCAUCCAGGACUCCGACUCUGGCUCUCUAGACACUGAAGUCACGUCUUCAUUCUCGAUUGACUCGUCAGACUCGGCCUCCUCGGUCACGUCCGGCUAUGACAGCGCAACCCCGUCCUCAGAGCAGAGUCGGGACGGUCUUAUAAAGAAGUACGAGGAUGUUCUGCAAGACUGUCUGCAGAACAAUCGCACAAACACCAAGAUCGAGUCCAUAAUGAUGAAGCUUCAGAGACUACAGCACAAAGCAGUUCUGGAUGAUGAUUAUGACACAGCCGAGCGUUUUGGUAAGAAACUAGAGGAGCUGAGGAGAGAGCGAGCGACGCUUAAGCCUGGUUUACCAUCCAGACAUCCGGAGGUCACUGGAUUUCUAGAGCGUCUCAGAACGGCCGUUCACAGCGUCAUCCACAGGACAGACACAGACUGCAGGCAAAAUGGUGACUCCAGUGACGAUCAGGGAUCAGGCAGCUCUCGGAGCCGGUUUCGAACACGAGAGAAACUGUUAGAGGAAAAACAGAGGAUUCAGAAGGAGAUGUGUGAUCUUCAGCGGAGGCUGCAGGAGCUGCAGGAGCGGAGCAGAUCUGUGGAGGAGCAGCUGGAGCUGGAGGAGCCCGUCCUGAGAGCCUGUGAUCCGGCUCAGCUGCGGCUGAUGGGUCGAGCGCUGGAGGACAUGAUCAGCUCUGAACACCGGGCUCAGAUCAGCGUGUCUCCAUCCGCAGAGAUCGUCAGACUUCAAGAGCAAGAGCGAGCACUGAGAUUAUCCAUCAAAGAGGCAACGGCUAAAGUGGUGAUGAGUCAGAGGCUGGGCUCUAGUCUGCGACGGAAGGUCAGCGAGAGUGAAACGCAGCUGCUGGCCCUUCAUGAGGCGAAGCUCACGGCCAUCUCAGGAAAUGACUUCAGCAGCGCGAAGGAACUAAAGGCAGAUAUCAGGAGCGCGUAUGGCGAGAGAGAUCGUCUGGAGGGGCUGGAGAGGAAGCUGAAGACUCUGAGCGCAGGAAGUGGACGGGAUCUGAGCCACAUGAAGGAGCAACACAACCAGAUCAAACUGGAGCUGCAGGAGAGAGAAGCCCAGUACGAGUGCAGUUUAAAGGAAAACACUCUGAAGUAUAUUGAGCUUCUGGAGGACAGACUUCACAGCUGUGGAAGUCCAGUGCUGGAACACAUUUGGGAGGCUGAUUUGGAGGCUUGUCAUCUCCUCCUGAAAGGCCUCGAUCAGCGCACCUCCAGCAUCUCAGAAACAGAGGAUCUUCCCUCCAUCCCUGGAUCGGGUUCAGAUGUCCUGCCGUUCACUAAAGAGGAAGCGGACUGUGCCAUGUUGACAGCUCUAGGGGGGCGCUGGUGUCCUGAGGCCGACCUCCAACACUCAGAGUUCACUAAGAAAUUAGAGGAGUUUCUCUUCUGUUUGGAGGACGUGUCUCCUGAGGAUCUGUGUGGAGAGACGACAGAGCUGACGGAGCGCUGUGAACUCAUCAGUGAGCGACUGCAUUACCUGGAAGAGCAGCUUCAGACCGCCAUAGAGCAGCACGACAAGGACCUCACUCUGUCCUUAGAGAAGGAGGUUCAGGAAGUGAAGGCUGCUCUUCAAGCGAUGCUGUCACAGCUGAAGGAGGAGGAAGAGGAGGAUGAAGACAAGUAUUGUGAUGUAGAAGAAGAACAGGUUGAAGACGAAGAGCUAGAAGAGGAGCAUUACUUCAGUGACAGCUGGGAAAUCUGAACAGACUCAUGGUUUAUAUUUAUAUUGUUUUCACGGUGCCUGUGCAAGUCUGUUUUCAUUCUGUCAUCUUGCACUGAGCUCUCACACUUAAAGAGAAUAGUUCAUCUUUUUCUAGUUUCAUUUACUUGCCCACGCGUAAUUUCAAAAGCACUGUACUGUACGUUUACUCUGUGCACUUUCAUUGAAAAAUUAAAUCUUGAACACUUCCAUCUAAGAUCAAAUUUUCGUUUCAUGCAAGUGAGAAAAUAAAGUGUUUGGAAUGGCAUGUGGGUGAGUAAAUGUUGACAGAAAUCAUUUUUGGGUGAAUUAUUUCUUGAUUAGAACCUCUAACCAUGUGCAUCUCGUCAGGAGUUGCCUUAAAAUAUAAAAUAUAAAUCAUGUUGCCAACCACUAUUUUAUUUUUAUUCUAAUCAGUUAGUGUUUAUUUAUUUACUUACUAUAUUUUGCAGCUGUUUAUUUGCUUUGACAUCACAUUGCUUAUUUCAUCACGAGAUAUUUUAGUAUAUUUAAACUGCAUGGCAUCCUAUUUAUUUAUUUAAAUUGCUUUGAUUAUAUCAUUAUUUCAGAAAAAACAUACAUAAAAAUCUUUAUGGCACCAAACUUUUUUUUUUAAUAUAGAUAUAAAGACUAAUGAACACCUAAAGCCUAAAUCUGAAGAAGUCAUUCAGACAGUGAGCUCAGGAUUGAAAUGUAGCUUUCUCAACUCUUUUACGCCGUACGACUGAACUCUGAACAGUGUUUUCAAGUUCAUGACAGACGUUUGUGGUGCUUUGAUAAAACCACUGUAUUUCAGCCCUGCUGAUGUUCUGUGAAUUAUAAGGGUUAUGUAGCAUUUAGUGCCUUUUUUAAACAUUUUUUUUAAUUGUCUCCUUAUUUGAAGUAGAGACAGGUGCUCUUUUUUAAAGUCUUAAUUUGUUUUACUUUUUAAAGAAAGCACUUUUGAAAUGUAAGCUGUUUUUGUCUUUGUUACCUGUGGAUUUCACCUGAAGCAAAAUGUCAUUUGUUUGUACUAAUCAUAUGAAUGUAUAUUUGCAUGUUCAUCUUCUGGUUUUACUCCCCACUAUUUUUUUUUUCAUUUUUUCCCCCCGGAACUUAAAUUGUUAGUAUUAUACAUUUGUAUUGUUUUUAAAUACAUUAGAUACCCCUGUUUAAA